GGAUUUUGGUUUUUUGUCUGUGGCUAAAGUCAAUUUCUGAAAGGUCAAAGAAUUGUGAUUCCGGUUGGAAUAAAAAUUAUUAAAAUUGUUUACAUAACAUCAGCACCUAUUUCGUUGGAAGUUUAUAAGAAUUAUGUGUUCAUAAAUUGAUAAUUAACGUUUCGUAAUGGUUUUCGAGUCUUUACCCCGUACGGUUCGCAUUCUCUUGCUUGGAGAACCUGGAGUGGGAAAAACUUCUCUUAUUCUUUCUUUAGUGACUGAAGAAUUCACAGAACAUGUACCACCUAAAGCUGAAGAAAUCACAAUCCCUGCUGAUGUCACCCCAGAACAAGUGCCAACCAACAUUGUGGAUAUCUGCAUGGCUGAACAAUCGUUAGAGCAAAUUGGUGAAGAAAUUGAAAAGGCUCAUGUUAUAUGCAUAGUGUUUUCGGUUGAAAAACAAGAAACACUGAAUAAGAUUGCUUCAUACUGGUUACCGUUUGUAAGGGAAAACUGCCCAGACGACCACAGGAAGCCAGUCAUUCUUGUUGGGAACAAGAUAGAUUUGAUUGACUAUUCAGUUAUUGAUCACAUAUGGGACAUAGCUGAAGAGUAUCCAGAAGUGGACCGUUGCAUAGAAUGCUCAGCAAAAACACUUACAAAUGUCUCGGAAAUGUUCUACAACGCACAAAAAGCAGUGCUACACCCUAUCACACCCAUUUAUUCUAUUGAGGAACAAGAGCUGACAGAAAAAUGUAAAAGGGCCCUCUCUAGAAUAUUCAAGAUCUGUGAUCUAGAUGGCGAUGGACUUAUGGAUGAUUAUGAGAUUACGUUAUUCCAAAGGAAAUGCUUUGAUACUCCAUUGCAAUUACAGGUUUUAGAUGAAGUAAAAUCUGUAAUUGCCCAGAACAUUGCUGGGGGCAUAGAGAAUGAUUGUAUCACAAUGAAAGGCUUUAUAUUUUUACAUUGUCUGUUCAUACAACGGGGGAGGAAUGAGACCACUUGGACAGUUCUCCGCAAGUUUGGAUAUGAUGAAUCCUUAGAAUUGAUGCACAACUAUUUGUAUGCAAACAUCAAAGUACCGUCUGGUUGUACAUCUGAGCUUUCAUACAAAGGCCAGCAGUUUUUGACUCAACUGUUUGAAAAGUAUGACAGGGAUAAGGAUGGCAUGCUCAAUCCAAAUGAAUUGAAAAAUGUGUUCUCAAGCUGCCCUAGAAUCCCUUGGCACAAUUUGAGAUACACUGUACCUACAAAUGAAAAGGGAUACCUGACGCUGCAAGGCUGGAUGUGUCGCUGGACACUGAUGACGCUUAUGGAUCUACAGAACACAAGUGCCUAUUUAGCCUACUUGGGCUUUAACUUUCUUGAAAACGAGUCACAAAAAGCUGCAAUACACAUAACCCGCGAUAAGAAGGUAGACAUUGCCAAGAAACAGUCGAGCCGCAACGUGUACCAGUGCCAUGUCAUAGGCCCGAGGGCGUGCGGGAAAACUGCCAUUUGCCGGAGCUUCCUUGGCAUCGCACAUAAGAAAAUAAAACCAACCCAAGAGCGCGGCAGCGGCGACAGCACCGACAACUGCUGCAUCAACACGGUCCAAGUGUACGGCCAGGAGAAGAACCUCGUGCUCAGGGAGAUACCCAUAGCGCGCGUCUCUGACUCGCUCAACCCCAGCGAGGUCAACUGCGACGUCGCCUGUCUGGUGUAUGAUGUGUCCGCCAGCCGCUCGUUCGAGUACAUCGCGAGGAUAUACAUUAAAUAUUUCGCCGAGAGCCACAUCCCCGUGCUGAUCGUGGGCACCCGCGGCGACGCCCCCGCCCGGCAGGAGUACAUGCUGCAGCCCGAGGUGUUCUGCAGCAAGUACCAGCUGCUGCCGCCGCAGCGCUUCGCCGCGCGCGAGAACCGCCGCGACGUGUUCCUCAAGCUCGCCACCAUGGCCGCCUUUCCUCAAUUUCAAGCUGCUUGGAUUUUAUUCAGCAAACGCAGACACUUGAAGCACUUCGCAAGCUUCGCCGGCGAGAACUCCUCGUGGUGGAAGGCGGGGAUCGGCGUCGCGGCCGCCACCGUCAUGGGGCUCGUGCUGCUCAAGAUGUUCAACUUCCAGAAACGAUAACUGCCACCUCUGUGGCCGCUGUCCCACCGACGAUUACCUA